GUGGGAUGAGAUUUGUGGCAGCUAGUAAAGGAAUCAAUUUAGACUAUUGGCAUGUUGUUCGAUAGGAGAAUAAUACAUGGCGGAUAAUGUGGAUAUAGGCUGAAUUGAUUAACUGCAGCUGUUUAGGUUUAACCAGAUUCUCACCUUGGUAAAUAUCUUGAGCAGAAAGGAUAGAAAUUCUUUGUUCAAUAGCAACUGAGGGAGUACUAAAUAUAUGAAUAAUUUGAUUACUAGCUACUUGAAUAAAAUUUCUGAACUUGCUAGAGAUCAUGUUAUGAAGGUUGGUGUUUGUUAUGGCUGUCAUCAAGAUACUUAUGCUGAAACAUAUUUAAUACACAGGGUAGGGCGAUACAAUGGGUGUAAUAGCUAUCUAUUUUGUGCUGCUAGCAUACUUCUGUAUUGUACUUCCAAAAUUUGCAGGGCUGAUGUAAAAUAUCAUAUCCUUCUUCCACUCUCAAGUAAGGGCUCAUUAAUUUUUUGAUAAUUGUCAUUAUUAUCUCUUUGACGGUUGAUUACAACUCACUACUUGAGAUUUGAUAUUUAUCGAUCUUAUAGAUCUACCAAAGUAAUUCCGUUUUUUAUCUAAUGUCUAGAUGUAGAAGAGGAUAAACAUGGAACAGAAGCUUCUGGUUUUCAUGCCGUUGCCUUCUUGUAUGGAAGCACUGAUGAUUCCAUUGAUCAAAAAAAUACUGAUGUUCAUAUGGAAUCUUCUGGAUUUCUCCCUCAAUUCCCUGUCCCUGGUGACCUUCUGCACAGCUUGAUGCUUGGAGCAGGGGUGGACUACUUGUGUUAGGUUGCCGUACACUGGCAACUUGUUUCCCUUUGAUCUCAUAACAAGGGCAAUGCAGGUGGGAUUAGGAAAGUUAAUAUUGAUUAUGAAGGCUGUCAGUUCAAGAGGGUAAACAUUAUGUAUAUGUUUCAUAUGGAUCCUUGCAUUGGUUGUACACCAUGAUUAUUCAACAAUCAUUUUCACUUAACACUUCAUUAAAUUUUAUAACUCUGUUAAAAUUCUGUCCUUGUGAUAUGAUGUGUGAAUUUUUUAUUUUAUUUAUUGUACUUCUGAUAUUAAGAUAUUCUUCUGUAUUUAUAUCCUUCUCUUCUGCAUUUCUUUUUUUUUUACAGCCUCCUACAGAAAAGCUACAUCAGAUAAUUGCGCGGACUGCCUUGUUUGUAAGUAAACAUGGUGGGCAGUCAGAGAUUAUACUCCGUGUGAAACAAGGAGAUAAUCCAACAUUUGGGUUCUUGAUGCCUGACCAUCAACUUCAUCCCUACUUCAGAUAUCUAGUUGACCACCCAGAACUUCUAAACUCUGAAUCUGCUGGAAGCCCUCAGGAUGACAGGAAAGAGACAAGUAAUGAUCAUGGCAUCUCCAAUGGUGUUGGUGGAGCAUUAUCCUUGCUUGGUUCUGUGUAUGGAUCUGGGGAGGAAGAGGACGCUCAGGAUAGUGGAAAAUCUGCCAAAGAUGUUACACAGGACAGCAAUUCUUCUGGCACUCAUAUUAUUCACCAGGAUGCCACAAAGAUUCGAUCACAGUUAAAUGUAGGGAAGGAUGGAUCAUUACCUAGAAGCACAGUUCCUUCCAUUAAAGAGAAGGCUAACACUGUAAAGAAGAAUACUUUGGUCACCGUGUCGAAAUCUGGAACAACUAAGGGUGUGGAAAGGGAAACUCAUUUAGUUCAUGCUGAUGUUGAUAAAGCUAGAGAAUCAGCUGUUGGAGUGACUUCAAAUAUCGACCCUGUAAUUCCAGAGCCUCCACCUGAAUUGAAGAGAGUGAUUGACAAGCUUGUUGAGUUUAUUAUGAGAAAUGGCAAACAGUUUGAGGCAACUCUUAUUGAGCAGGAUGCAAAGUACGGACGAUUUCCUUUUCUUCUACCAUUGAACAAGUAUCAUCCUUACUACUUGAAGGUCCUCGAGACAGCUCAGGAGUCACAAGCAAAUGGGAAGGGUUUGUAUUCUGGAAAGGAACGUAAAAAGGGUUCUGUUCUUAAGGAAAAGGAUUCUGCAUUUGAUGACAUGCCCCUGGAAUCAGACAAGAAAGAGAAGUUCAAAAUGGUGAUUGGCAAAUCAAAGAAAGAAAUGCAGGAGACAGAAUCGAAAGGAACCCAACCCGAAUCUGGAGUAAUGGUUGAUGCUGAAGCUGCAGCUGCUAUCCUUGAGGCUGCCACAAGGGGAACCAAACAUGCUGGUUACAAGCUGAGUUCAAGUAAUUCUUCCGGUGCUCUGUUUCAUACAAAUAGCAGUGAAGAUGGAAACCCUGGAAAUGUAGGCAAUCAUGUCUCUCCACCAACAGAUUAUGCUGUUUCAAAGUCUGAACAUAUUGAGAUUCAAAAUGAAUCAAAUGUCGCCAAGAUGCUUGGGAGAAAAGCUGCUGUGGAAGUGGCCAAUGAAGCAGACUCUGGCGAGGCACACUUGACGAAAGAACAGAAGCUGAAGGCGGAGAGGCUGAAGAGGGCUAAAAUGUUCGUCGCCUUACUGAAAAAUGGUGAAGUGCCAUUUAAAACAGGAACCUCCCAUGGCUCAUCGCUAGAACCUCCAGAAGCUCUAAUCUCGAUGUCUGCCAGUAAGGUUGAUGUUAAAGAAAGAGAAGGCAGCAUAGCUCCGGCAGAUGUCGAUAGGCCUGCUGACAGUGAAAAGUUGGAGAGGAAUUACUUCGGCGACGACCAUGCUCAGCGACACUUGAAUAGAAAAUAUAGAUCUAGACCUGAUGUUGAGGAUGAUGAUGAAGAAGACAAAAUGGAUAACGGCAAUGAGCGCCAUAGGAAAAGGGAUCGUAAAUCAAGAUCCAGGCAUCGGGACCAAGAUCACGGUGAUUCUUCUGAUGACAAUAACGAUGAAGGUAGAAGCAGUGAAGAGGAGGACGACGGCAGGCAUUACAAAUCAAAGCGCAGGUCUCUUCGUUCACAGCAGGAAGAUGAACACGACAGGGAUGGUGGUGAUAAACAUAGAAAGGAUAAGAAUCAUAAACGAUCUAGCAAGAAACAUCAAUCCAGGAAGAGGGGCUCAUCAAAGCAGCAUCCUGAGGAAGAAGACGAACAUGAUCACGAUGAAGAAGAGAGGAAACACUCCCGGAAAGGCCACCGCUCCUCCCAUCAUAGCAGGGAUAAACAUCGACACGGGAGUAAGCGUCCUUCUAGAAACAGAGAAUCUGAAUCCAACCUCAAGAAUGGGACCUCUUCAGACGAAGAGCACCGGAAAGCUAGUGGCGUGAAUAAGCACAGAAAAAGAUCACGCCAUGAAAGAAACAAUCUGGAAGAGGGUGAGAUAAGCUCCAGAGUCUCAGAGGAGUCGAGAGGAAUCGCAGUUGCAAAUGGUCAUGUCGGCGGAGAAGCUUCUGCUGAGGGUACGAGCUCUAGAGAGAGGGCUCCAUCUCAACCCCUCCCUGAAAGUGCCACCGAGGUCCCCGAUGACCUGAGGGUCAAAAUUCGUGCAAUGCUGAUGGCGACACGUUUAUAGGUGGUGAGUUGUUGAUUGAUGAUCCAUCGUUGGAUGUUCAUAGUGUAAGAGACUGGGAAGAAGAAAGACAUGAAGAAUUUGGUGUGUGGAGUGAAUGGCUGAACGUGGAAAAUCAAGAUGAUAUAUAUAUAUAUUUGAUAUGUUGGUUCUUAUGAUGAUGUGAUGGGGUGAUUUGUAAGAUGAAAUAUAGAUUAGUUGAAUUUUUUUUUGUCAACAUUUGGAGGAAAAGAUAUCUAGCAAGUAUGUAAUAUAUAUAUUUUUAUUUUA